ACAGGAGAAUGACCCAUUUUCGUUGUUCAAACAAAAUAAUGAUCUUGUCGAUUUCCGUUCAAGAACAACACUAGCAAAAGCACAGUACCUUCAGUGUGAAGAUGCCUCUCAUAGUGCUCUGUGGCUACCCUUCUUCUGGCAAAACCAGACGCGCGACGGAAAUUCGGGAAAAGCUUGAAGCUGCAGGCAAAACCGUGCACUUAGCUGGUGAUUUGCAAUGCCGUGUUGAAAGAAACGAGUGUUAUGCCGAUUCUCGAAAGGAAAAAGAGCUGCGUGGCGCGCUAAAGGCCGCUGCUGAGAGGCACAUUUCCAAGGACAGUGUUGUGAUCGUGGAUUCGCCCAAUUACAUAAAAGGAUUCCGCUACGAGUUGUACUGCGUGGCAAGGCAGCACAAAAGCACGCAGUGUGUGAUUUACUGCAUGGCGUCGGUGGAGCAGUGCCGGGAAUGGAACUCCUCGCGUCCCGAAGAAGACAGAUACUCUGAUAAGAUCUUUGAUGAGCUGGUGAUGCGUUUUGAAGAGCCGGAAAGCCGCAACCGAUGGGAUUCGCCACUCUUUUCACUGCUGGGCGACGAUGCUCUUCCUAUGGAUGAGAUCUCGGAGGCGCUCUUUGAGCGGAAAGCACGCCGGCCAAACCAGUCGACACAAGCGCAACCUGUGUCAUCUGCAACAUUCUUGCACGACGUGGACCGUUGCACCCAGGAUGUCAACAUGGCGAUAAUGAAAUCACAGCAGACCUGUGGUCCUGGCGAGUGUAUUCCCGUACCUGCGUCAAACGAGAAGUUUCGCUCCGUUCGCCAGCUACCGAUGGCGGAGCUGCGGCGUUUGCGCAAUCAGUUUCUCUCCUACACGCGCCUGCACCCGGUUGAGGAUGCUGCGCAGACAGCGACACUCUAUGUGCAAUACCUCAACAACACUGUCAAGUGAUUUGCCACGUGCUUGUCCGCCACUCUUCAUAGACACAGUGUGCCAGGGAGAGCUUGCCGCUGUGCACAGCACCGCUGCCUUUCAGCAACAUCAGGCGGGCACGCCCUUGCCACUGCCUAGUUGCUGUUUGCUGCAGUGGUAGCUUGGCAGACCACGCGACUGGGGCUUGCCGGUCUGAAGUCGUUCUCUUCAGUUGCAACGUACUCUUCAAUGUCGCACAUCUCUCCGAUGGUCUCCCCGCCGGUCGUAUCCUUGGUAGGAGCUUGCUUUGGCAGCGGGUGCGACUCAGGAAUGGCCGGUAGCUUGCCUGUGUUGACCGGCUUGUUUCUGCAUACUGUGCUCCAGAAUAGGUCAUCAUUGAUUGUAAACUCUGGUCUGGGGACAUGCGUUUGCAGAUACAGCGGCACCACCGGUUCGGCUAACCAUACUGCCUGGUUGGGUUGGUGCUAUGCCGACAGUCCAACGUUUGGUCGGAACAACUUGCACGUGCUGCUUUGGAGUGCAUACAAUGGGCCGUGCAGACAGUGCAGCAGCGGAGGUUCAGGUCAGAAAGUACCGUCAAGUAAAGGCUGGGCAAGACCGCCACGAAAUAAUGCGACACCUUGUGCAAGAGGCGAGCAAUUGGAGGCAGCACUGUGUAUCUAUUCGCCAUCACACACUCGGUUAUAUUCUUGUCAUGCUCAUACCAGUGUACCUCUACUUCCGAUGUCAUCUCAUCAUAAAACAAUACUAGUACAAGUAAUAUUGAUCCACUUGCACUUGGCUGGGUCAGUGACUCAUCCACGCACUGCAUAGUUUUACUUAUUUUGAAUUGUUUCCAUGGAAAUAAGCUAGUUUCGUGUAUUUUUUUUCGAUUUGCCUCUUGAACCUGAGAGGAUUUCAUCAUCGACAGUGCGUUUUUUCUGUUCUUGGCAAUUUUUCUCCUGAAUUUUAGCUCAGUGAAAGCUUCGCCUUUUUGCAAAAUAAGUGACGGCCAGAAUUAGAAGGCAGAAGGAACGUGACCAGGCACUUCUUAAUACAAAAUUCAUUUCACGAAUA